AUGCAGAUGCUUCGGCAAGAGUUUUCGAUGAAUGGCUCAUCCCAUAUGAUUCCACAUGUUUCAUCGCAGCUGCAUUGGCACUGCCAGUAUCAGUCGAAAUUAGUUCUUCAGCUUUUAAUGGCAAUGCUGCAGAUGCAAGCAAACGUGCAGCACGAGAGUCCCUUCCCAGGGUGGUAUACAACUUGGGACCUUAAUUCGGAUGCUAAUGGCACUGUGAGGCACUCGGACAAUGUUAAUAGAAUUUCGAGGAUUAGGCAGUACACUGAUGCUACUUUGCCACCGUCUUUGGGUUCGAAUACGUUUUACAACAAGGGCUUACUAAAGCAGACAAUGCUCAAGCAUGAAGCAGAAUUCAGGGAUCAGAUUCGUGAACUCCACCGGCUUUACAGGAGACAGAAGGAAUUAAUGGAUGAAAUAAAAACAAUUGACUUUUUUAAACAAGGUUGCAAUGUCGAGAUGUUCCAACUGAAUCAUGUUGUACGUCCGAAGUCAUCUAAUCAUUUACGAGUGCCACAACAGACAGGCAGUGUUUUUCCUGAAAUUUCAGAACCUGAAGGUAGUGUUUUUCCUUCCCAUUCAUAUGAUGGAAGUAAAGAGCAGGCAGGCCUUGAUCCAACUCAUAGAGAAAGUUCUUCAAAGGCCUAUGUUCUCACGGAGUUGAAUUGCAAAAAGCUCGGCAGAAGGUUCUUGGAUCUUGAACUGCCAGCUGAUGGGUACUUUGAUAGUGAAGAGGAUGGAUUUCAAGAAGUGAAAUUUGAUCCCGCAGUGACUAAUAUACCUAGCAAUGCUCUAAAGAAAAUCAAUGUUGGAGAUAGGGGAGAUAAAGAACUAUCCCAUAGCGUCAUUGGUUGCGCCUCUGUUUUCCCUGAAGAACACUUUGUUACUAGUUCCGCUUCUUCAAAGUUAAAAGUUAUGGCUGACUUAAAUGUUCCCAUCGAACUUGAGGAAGAUAUUAUUCCAGAGUUCAGUUCUCGUCAAAAAUUACUCCACAUUGAGCACAACCAUGCAGAGAGAAUGUGGCAAGAUGGAAAUGAUUUGAAUGCUUUGCCUCAAGAUCUUUAUACUCGAAAACUAUCAAUCCAGCACACACUAACAAUGAGCGAGCUCAAGAUUGUGCAAUACUUCAUGGCUUGA